UUGUCUUAUGACUCUAACAGGUGAAGAUGAAGGUGUGUGUGUGUGUGAGCUGAUGUAGACGUGAAUUCAGCAGAAUGGACCAGUGUGAGGACAAAGAGGAGGGAGUCCCUCCCUCUAAAACCUCUCUGUGUGGGGAACAUGAGAGUCGGAGCAAAGCUCAGAGGAAUCAACCUGGACCUGCACCUGGACCUGGACCUGGAUCUGGAUCUGGAGCUGGACCUGGACCUGGACCUGGAGCUGGACCUGGACCUGGACCUGGAUCUGGACCUGGACCCAGACGCAGCUGUGUGUCCUUGAAGAGCGACAGGUCAAUGGGCUUUUAUAUUGAAUUCAAAGGAGACCAACGUUCUGCUGUAAAAAGGGUCCAUCAGAAUAGAGACUCUCUUGAACAUGAACCCAGCUGUUUGUCCUUGAAGAGCGACCAGUCAAAGGAAUAUGUUAUUAACUUUAAAGGAGACCAAGGUUCUUCUUCAGAGAGAGUGGACCAGCAGAUCUCAGAGUCCCCCAGUGGUCCGUCAGUCCAGCAGCAUCAGACACAGCUGGACUCCAUCUUUCAGCUGCUGGAGGACAACAUUGUCCUGUUUGUGAAGAGCGAGCUGAAGAAGAUCCAGAGAGGUCUGAGUCCAGAUUACCCAGAAUCCCUAGAGCAUGUGUUACAGGGUGAGGAUGAAGAGCAGAGGAGGAGCAGCAGAGAUGCGUUUGUGAAGAUCACAGUGAACUUCCUGAGGAGAAUGAAGCAGGAGGAGCUGGCUGAGCGUCUGCAGAGCAGUACUUUUGCUGAAGUUUGUAGAAAGCGGCUGAAGUUUAAGCUGAAGAAGAAGUGCCAGUGUGUGUCUGAGGGGAUUGUUAAAGCAGGAAACCCAACCCUUCUGAAGCAGAUCUACACAGAGCUCUACAUCACAGAGGGAGGGACUGGAGAGGUCAACGAUGAACAUGAAGUCAGACGGAUUGAAGCAGCAUCCAGGAAACCAGAUAGAGCAGAAACAACCAUUAGACAGGAAGACAUCUUUAAACUCCCACCUGGAAGACAUGAACCAAUCAGAACAGUGAUGACGAAGGGAGUGGCCGGCAUCGGGAAAACAGUCCUAACACAGAAGUUCACUCUGGACUGGACUGAAGGAGCCAACCAGGACAUCCAGUUACUGCUUCCAUUCACCUUCAGAGAGCUGAAUGUGCUGAAAGAGAGAAAGUUCAGCUUGGUGGAACUUGUUCAUCGCUUCUUCACUGAAACCAGAGAAAUCUGCAGCUUUGAAGAGUUCCAGGUCGUGUUCAUCUUUGACGGUCUGGAUGAGAGUCGACUUCCUCUGGACUUCCACAACAAUGAGGUCCUGACUGAUGUUACAGAGGCCACCUCAGUGGAUGUGCUGCUGACAAACCUCAUCAGCGGGAACCUGCUCCCUUCUGCUCGUCUCUGGAUCACCACACGACCCGCAGCAGCCAAUCAGAUCCCUCCUGAGUAUGUCUCCAUGGUGACAGAGGUGAGAGGGUUCACCAACCCACAGAAGGAGGAAUACCUCAGGAAGAGGUUCAGAGAAGAGGAGCAGACCAGCAGGAUCAUCUCCCACAUCAAGACAUCACGGAGCCUCCACAUCAUGUGCCACAUCCCAGUCUUCUGCUGGAUCACUGCUACGGUCCUGGAGAACGUCCUGGAGAACGUCCUGGAAACCAGAGAGGGAGCGGGGCUGCCCAAGACCCUGACUGAGAUGUACAUCCACUUCCUGGUGGUCCAGGCCAAACUGAAGAAGGUCAAGUAUGACGGAGGAGCUGAGACGGAUCCACACUGGAGUCCAGAGAGCAGGAAGAUGGUGGAGUCUCUGGGAAAACUGGCUUUUGAGCAGCUGCAGAAAGGAAACCUGAUCUUCUAUGAACCAGACCUGAGAGAGUGUGGCAUCGACGUCAGAGAGGCUUCAGUGUACUCAGGAGUGUUCACCCAGAUCUUUAGAGAGGAGAGCAGCCUGUACCAGGACCAGGUCUUCUGCUUCAUCCAUCUGAGUGUCCAGGAGUUUCUGGCUGCUCUUCAUGUCCACCAGACCUUCAUCAAGUCUGGAGUCAACCUGCUGGAGGAACAAAGAAACACAGAGACUGACCUCUAUCAGAGUGCUGUGGAAAAGGCCAUACAGAGUCCAAACGGACACCUGGACUUGUUCCUCCGCUUCCUCCUGGGUCUCAAACUGGAGACCAAUCAGACUCUCCUACGAGGUCUGCUUGAACCAAAACAAAGAAGAUCACAGAACAAUCAGGACACAGUUAAAUACAUCAAGAAGAAGAUCAGUGAGGAUCUGUCUGCAGAGAAAAGCAUCAACCUGUUCCACUGUCUGAAUGAACUGAACGAUGGUUCUCUGGUCGAGGAGGUCCAACGGUCCCUGAGGUCUGGACGUCUCUCCACAGAUAAACUGUCUCCUGCUCAGUGGUCGGCUCUGGGCUUCAUCUUACUGUCAUCAGAAGAUCUGGAGGUGUUUGACCUGAAGAAAUACUCAGCUUCAGAGGAGGUUCUACGGAGGAUGCUGCCGGUGGUCAAAGCCUCCAAGAAAGUUGUGUUGAGUGGCUGUAACCUCUCAGAGAACAUCUGUGCAGAUCUGUCCUCAGUUCUCAGCUCUCAGUCCUCCAGUCUGACAGAACUGGACCUGAGUAACAACGACCUGCAAGAUUCAGGACUGAAGAAGCUGUGUCCUGGACUGGAGAGUCCACACUGUCACCUGGAGUCUCUCAGGCUGUCAGGCUGUCUGAUCUCAGAGGAAGGCUGUGCUUCUCUGGUCUCAGCUCUGAGCUCCAACCCCUCCCAUCUGAGAGAGCUGGACCUGAGCUACAACCAUCCAGGAGAGUCAGCAGUGAAGCUUUUGUCUGCUGGACUGGAGGAUCCCCACUGGAGACUGGACACUCUCAGGGUGGAGCCUGCUGGACAACCAUGGAUGACACCAGGUCUGAGGAAGUAUUCCUGUCAACUCACCAUCGACACAAACACAGUCAACAACAACAUCAAACUGUCUGACAACAACAGGAAGAUGUUUGUGGAGGAGGAUCAGUUAUAUCCUGAUCAUCCAGACAGGUUUCAUUACUGGUGUCAGCUGCUGUGUAGAGAAGUUCUGACGGCUCGCUGUUACUGGGAGGUCCAGAGGAGAGGAACAGUUUCUGUAUCAGUGAGUUACAGGAGAAUCAGAAGGAAAGGAAACUCUGUUGACUGUGUGUUUGGACAGAACGAUCAUUCAUGGAGUCUGUCAUGUUCUGAUGAUGGUCAGUACCGUGUAUGGCACAAUAAGAGAGAAACAUCUUCCUCCUCCUCUUCCUCAGUCUCUGACAGAGUAGCAGUGUAUGUGGACGUUCCUGCUGGAACUCUGUCCUUCUACAGCGUCUCCUCUGACAGACUGAUCCACCACCACACCUUCAACACCACAUUCACUGAACCUCUCUAUCCUGGGUUCUGGUUCUCGUCUGGUUCUGGUUGUUCAGUGUCUCUGUGUUGAGUUCAGUCUCAAGAGUCUCCUCCUGUCAGAGAACCUGUCUCUGUUGGGCAGAUAGUUGAGUCUGUACUUGUCUGUCUCUGUUUCCAUCAGAACACCUGAAUCACAUGUUGGUGAAACUGUUCUGAAUGAUUCCUUGGAAACUUCUUCCUCUUCCAGUCCUUCAAAGGUGGAAGCUGCCUUUAUUCCAGGAUCCACAUGUUGUUCUUCUGUCUGUUUCCAGUCAGAGCUUCACGGUGAACAGCAGCAUGUUGUUUCUCUGCAGCUCAGUUCAGCUGAGAUCAUUCACUUCAUGUCAGCUGCAGGUAGUUUGCUGCACAUGUGACCAACUGUGAUGUCAAAGAGGAAUCACUGAGCUGCAACCAGCCAAGAUGAAGUUACAACCUGCUGACAGAUCUGAGCACAAGGUUGCUGUGCAGCCAGGGUUCAUCCUGGUCUUCAUCCUCACCACUUCCAGUUCUAGCCAUGACAUCACUACUGGACUUUUGGCUUAAGGCUUUUCUCCCACUAUGGGAUUUUUUACCUGCCAUUGUUUAUAUAAUAAUUGCUCGGGGGUUUAUGUUUAUGCUUAUGUUUAUGUUGAUGUUCUGGAUCUCUGGAAAGCGUCUAGAGACAACAUCUGUUGUAUUAGACGCUAUAUAAAUACAAUUGAAUUGAACUGUCAGGUCUCUGUCAUGGUAAAUGGUUUGUUUAUAUGUGAGCUCUCACCAAGAUGAAUAAGAUGAUCCAUCCAUCAUCUAGAACUGCCUCUUCAUGUUCAGGGUCCCGGGGGUCGGUACUAUGAUGAUUUUUAUGUACAUUUGUCAGUAGAAAGUGAAAUUUAACAAUAAUAAUGUGCUUCUAUGGUUACUAGACUGUAGAAGAAGAACUGGGCAACCCCUCCAUGACGUCAUCUGUAACAUUGUUUUUUAGCUCUCAUUUUUUUCCCUAAUGAUUCAAUGAGUCAAGAAAACUGUUGGGAAAUAAGAUAUUUUAAUUGCAACCGCAGAUUUUAUGCUUAAUCAUCCACUGGAUCACAUUUCUACCAAAUCUGUAUUUCUGUAGAUACCAAAUAUACCAAGUUUUCCUCCAUCAAAAGCUGUUUCAGCAUCUAGAGUGCAGACUGCAGCUCAGGGAGGUGGUUUUGUGGAUUACUGAUCGAUAUUAAAGUGUUUAUGAUGUCACCACAUGAGUGUUGGUUUGUCAUUAAGCCCUUCGUAUAAAUAACAUUCUGGUUGCUGCCAUCUUGUCCGUACAAAUCAACCAUCAACGUCAAUGCCAACUACUGUCCAUACUUGCAAAAGGGGAACAAGUCCUGGUGUCGGCCUCUGUACAACUUGACUGGAACAUAUUUAUGACCAAAUAAAU